AUGAAACAUAUACCAGCUAAUGUUAAAAAUAAGUAUGAAAUACUUGGUGUUAUCGGUGAAGGUUCGUAUGGUAUAGUGCUUAAAGCUCGAAAAAAAGAUACAAAUGCAAUUGUUGCUAUUAAACAGUUUAAACAAGCUCCAGCAGGACAUUAUACAGAUAUGGAUAUAAUUGAACGUGAAUUAAAUGUUCUUCAAUCACUUCGAUUUGAAAAUGUUGUAGAAUUAAUUGAAUGGUUUCGUCAUAAGAAACAAUGUUUUCUUGUAUUUGAAUAUGUUGAAUGGAAUAUGUUACAAGUUUUACAAGAACAUCCCGAUGGUUUAGCAUUAGAACAAGUACGUCAUUUAUCAUCUCAAUUAUUUAAUGCUAUUCAUUGGUGUCAUACACAUGAAAUAAUUCAUCGUGAUAUAAAACCAGAAAAUUUACUUAUAUCAAAAAAUUUCAUAUUAAAAUUAUGUGAUUUUGGUUUUGCAAGAUUUUGUAAUACACAAACAACAGCUGAUUUUUAUACUGAUUAUGUUGCAACAAGAUGGUAUCGAUCACCAGAAUUACUUAUCGGAUCACCUUAUGGAAAACCAGUUGAUAUCUGGGCAUGUGGAUGUAUUAUGGCGGAACUUGCUACUGGUCAAGCAUUAUUCGCGGGUGAAAGUGAUAUUGAUCAACUUUAUCGUAUUCAAAAAUGUUUGGGACCAUUACCCUCGAAAUAUGUAGAAGCAAUGAAAACUAAUCCAAAAUUUGAUGGAUUAAAAUUUCCACCUAUUCUUCAUUUAGAAACAUUAGAGCGACGUUAUGGUCAUUUAUUUCCACCUGAUGUUAUGUCUUUAUUUACAGGAGCUUUACGUUUAUAUGCUCUCGAGCGUUUAACAGCUGAGGCAUGUAUUCAACAUGAAGCUUUUACUUAUGCCAGUCGAAAACAACGGCAACGACGUUCACGACAACAAAGACCAAAAACUGUUGUUGGUAUAAUUGAUAUAUCUCAAUCACAGUAUGAUCCUAGUAAUGAUACGAGAAAUUUUCCAACAUCUUUUGGUGAUAGUCGUUUAGGCAAAUAUCAUGAUAAUCAUAGUGAUAUUCAACUUCGUCGUCGAUCUCCAACAUCAUCUAUUAAUAAUGGUAUUGAUAGUGGAACAGAAAUAUCAGCUAUUCCUCCGUCUUCAUUUGCUUCACAACCAUACAGAUAUCGUAGUAAUACACAAAUGACUGAUCGAUCACAUACAUCUCAUCAACAACAACAAAUAAAAACUAAUCCAACACAAUUACGACCGCAUUCAUCAUCUAGUGAAGAAUGUAUUCAACCAACUUCUGUUGAUCUAAUUAAUUCUAAUGGUGCAAGUGCCGAUGAUGAUGAUGAUGACGACGAUGAUCCAAAUAAUAUUUUCUCAAGUCAUAAUAAUCAAAAGCGGAAAUAUAUUAAAAAUCUUCAAGCACAACAUCUACCAUCAAUGCCUCUAAAUCAACAACAAUCACUACCAAUUACAUCUUCAACAUCAAAAAAUGUCUUAUCAAAAACUAAACAAUCAUAUCAAAAACAAUCAAAUCGUAUUUUACAUAAUUCAUCUAAAGAUGCAGGUAAAAAACAUAAACGAUUUACUCUUGAUUCAUAUGAAAAUCGUUAUUAUCAACAAUUUCAAACGGUAUUAAACAAUCAACAAGUUCCAGAAUCUAAUAUUUCUCGUCUCUCAAUGGCUGUUGUACCUAGUCUUAAUAUAAAUGCAUGUGGUGUUCCAACAAAUAAUAAUAACAGUCAUAAUGUAUCAUUAUUAUCAUUUAAACAAUCACAGUCAAGAGAGGAGUCAAAUAGUGAUAUACAACAAAAACCAAAGACACGAGAUUUAGUUCGUAGUCGAACAGUUGAAUGUCAUCCAUCUACAAUUAUAUCUGUAGAACCGACACCUAAUUUUCAACGAGCACCUUCAAGACAAACUGUUGUUUCUCACCAUCAGAUGGUACCUGAUCCAAUGGAUCAAACAGAUGUCGAGACUACAGUCUCAGCAACAUACUCUACUACUCGUAAUCUUGAACAACCAAAUAUUAAUAAAUAUACAUGUAAUCUGGAAUCACGAAAGUCUACAUAUGCAAGUGAUAGUCAUUUGAUAAACUCUACUGGAUAUACUUCUUCUUUUAGUCGAUCACAUUUUCCUCCUACUAAGGGUGAUUUUGCUCAACUAAAUAAAAUUCUCCAAGCACCACAAAGAGAAACAAAUCAUGAUCUAAUCAAAUCUGCUAAAAUAUCAACAAAACAUAACAGUACACUUUUCCCCAAACCACCGACAGAAUCAACUCGAAGACAACAAUUAAAUACUACUUUUUUCGGUGUUCAUGCCUACGCACGAACUGCUUCACAACAUACUAUAAUGUCAACAUCUCAACGUCAACAAUCAAUUCGUUUACCAAGUACAAAAUCCCGUCUACAUGAUCGUUAA